AUGGAGGAUGCGACUGGGACAGUGCCAGAAGUCGUACUCCGGUCUAUGCCCAAGUGCAACGCAACGGCCGUUGACGCAGGUCUCAUCACAUGGGAACAAGCUGUCCACUGGUAUCAAAGCCCCAUUCUUUUUGACGCCAUAGUCAGUAUUGGAUGUCGCGCCGCCGAAGGUUUCAACACCAGGAUCUAUCGCCGCCUCCAGACUCGAGUCCGUGAUCAAUUUACCGACCUAUUCAUCAACACGAAUACCCCUACAGUAGAGGAUAUACAGGCCAUCGCACUGGUGGCUGCGUACUCGGAGAACGCGUUCGUUCUGGUGGCUAUGGCCCUUCGCUUCGCCAUCCAGCUUGGGCUACCUCAUGUUGUCGAUCAGCUCAUCGCCAAAAGUCACGCACGUUCCGGGAUCGUGACCGCCGAUGAGCAAGAGCUGUACCGUCUAUCUAGAGUUUGGCUUGGGAUCUGCAAUCUUGAACUCUUUUUCUCUCUAGAUGGCGGUAAACUGCCGGGCCUUUCUCUUCAAAUGUCAUCUCGAAAGAUCAGAUGUCUGUUAGCUCACCCAGAACGUACAUCUACCGACAUCCGCCUCCUCUCGCAAGUGGAGCUCAACAUCAUCCGCACGGAAGCUUAUACAAAGAUCAUGGGCCAGAGUAAUGACUAUAUGGGUCAACACAGCGAAGAUCAACUCCGAACUACGGUAGAUGAGGCUUGUGUUGAGCUGUCACUAUGGCUCGAUGAAUGGACCAACAUCGCUCUGACCGAGCCAGCGCCACAUCAACGGACUCUUGCGUUGCAGAACUUGUGUAUACAGCAAGCUUGGGCGACGAUGACUAUGUACUUAAAGGCGGUAGGCUCUUCCGGGAUCGAGAACAUUGCGAUCAUGACCGACUUUCAGCGCGACUUCAUACGCAAAGCCAAAGAGGCAGCGAAUCGACAUCUCCACUACAUGCUUCAGUCAUCGUCAACGCCAACUUCAUCGCCGGUGUCUCAUGCCUCGACUUCUGGCUCAACAUACCUCAGCACUUUUCGCUGGACGCUCGAUUAUGUCUGGGCCAAGUGUGCGGUCUCAGUCUUGCUGGUCCUCAAGUUAGCCAUUCUCCUCCGCGACCCGGUACCUUCGGUCAUGGCGCUGCUCAGCGAUGCGCAUCGCGUACUGGAAGAGCUCAAGACUGUUACCGUCGGCCACAUCGCAUACUUUCAGAUCUUGCAAACCAGCAUCGAGAAGUGUGAAGCUGCUCUCCGAGAGUAUGCUGCGGAACAGAUACCCGACCAGGACUCUUCGAUGGCGGGAGCGAGAAGCAGUGUAGCUGAAGACGAGUUCCAGGGUUACGUUCCCAGCGAGUUCGUCUUCGAGUGGGACUUUCCUGGGCUCAAUCUAAAACAUAUGCCGCUCGGAUGGCAAGACCUCUUUGUCAAUAUCGACAGCUUGUUCUAG